ACGCUGUGCCUACGCUCCGCGGAACGAGGCAGGUUUGUUUUCGGUUUGUUUUCCUGGUGGUUUCCUGAAUGACUGAGCUGCUCUGAAGUUACUGGAAGUGAUUUAGUUUAGCGGUUUAGUGCAGAGACCAGUUUCCACUGUGACCAGACGAACCCACAGGGAUUGACAGAAUGUCUUCACCGGAGCCCAUCAUCAAAUCGAGACAGACAGAGAAAGACGUCAAUGGAGUUUCAACGCAGGUCGUCUGUACGGAGUUCAGUAAUUACAUAUUCAUAGUUCUCACUCAGUACGGCAAAAUCGGGAGCUUGAUAUCUGUCACACCUGACUCCAGAUCAAAUGAUAUCAGCACCCCAACUUUCUCCACCAAGGUGCUGCUGGGCAAAGACGAGCCUCUGACACAUGUCUGUGCCAAAAACUUGGCGACGUUUGUGUCACAGGAAGCCAGCAACAGGCCUGUGUUGCUGGGACUGGCACUAAAGGAUUCGUCCAUAGAUUCAAUAAAACAAAUGAAAGAGAUCAUCAAAAGCUGUAAAGUCUGGUAGGAAGUCAACAAAACGGACACUUUUUUCCUCCUGGAUGCCACCAAUGUCAUAUUCUUCAUCAACUUAAAGGAUUCUACUCAAUGCUAAUAUUUCAUAUAUCAAAAAGAAAACCCAUUGGCUUGUGCGUCAUGACGGAAAUGUAUAAAUCUGAUUUAAUUUGCUCUAAUCCUUUAGAUUUGUGGAGAUAGGAAGGAACAUCUUAUGGAAAACAAGUUAGAGUUAAUCUGGUUUUAAGGGCGUGUUUGCUCCACGCCUCUGUGCUCUCAAAAAGUGAGGAAUGUGCAAAGACUUCAUGGAAAAGGAUUCAAUUUCAUCACAGACCCUGCAUUUCAUUUUAUAACCUGUUAUACUUUAUACUGUUAAUAUGUUUGUAUUGUCCAAGGCAAAUUGUCUUAAAUUGUGUCUUGAUGCAGAACUUCGAAAUAAAACUGUCCACUUGUCCACAAA